AUGGAGAACAUCCCCUACGUCGAAAUAGUCCUCAUACGACACGCUGAGGCAGUAUCGAACCUAUUGACUGACAACAACGGAAUUGGUGGCUGCGAACUCACUAUUUCCCAGCUCCAAGCAGUAUCCAAGCGUUUAAGCCAGAACAUAGAACCAGACAUAAAGUUUAAGUCUGGCAAAUUCCUUCCGGAUGGCCUCACACAAUUCGGAAUUUGCCAAGUCAGGGACUUUGUCCAACUCGCCAUCGAAACUAACAAUGGACGGAUUCCUAAUGUGUACUAUGUCGCGUCCUCCCCGCUAUCAAGAGCAAUCCAGACAGCACAGCUCUUGAUGGACGCCUUUGAUAUGGUGGAUGAAGGGGGCAUACUCUGCCAUCCAGGUCUGGGCGAAGUUACCGGAUGGCUUCAGGACCACGAAGCUUGCACUGACGACAAAGGGUACCGAAGGUAUAUCUUGAUUUCUGGCGGCAACACGGAUCCCGGAAAGAUUAUCAAAGAGGAGCUUAUCAAUACCGCUGGGUGUGUAUUGUUCGACGGGUCCUCUUGGAGCCGGCCUCCAACUCCUCCCCUCGAAGCCCCUCCAAAGGAGUCUAUCAAGAAACGCGUACAGGAUGGCCGCCAGUGGCUGCAAGAGCUAGCGGCACAGGCCUUAAAGAAGCAUCAAGAGGCCCAGCGACCAGGCCCAGCAAGAAUCGUGGUCAUCACGCAUGGUGGCAAUCAGCAGUUCUUGACUGAGAAUAGGUACUGCGACUAUACAAUGAGUCCUGGCCACAGCGGACUAAAAUGGGCCGGGGCAACUGCACAGCGGAACCUGGACGUCAAUCUCUGUAGGUUUGACGAGCACCGACUCGUGGAGCUCCCUUACAAUCUGGAGUUUGGCCGACUCUUUGGGAAACACUACCGCUGCAUGGAGAGGGAGAAGAUGACGCGCGAAUGGCCCAAGAAUGAAGACCAAGAGGCCGACCAUAUUGAAUUCAUCCGCAACUCCUUUGAGGAAACUGCGAAACUGGAUAAGGAAGUGGCUGAGAGUUUUCUCUCCUGGGUUGGGGUUGAUAAUUUCCUAACUUCUAUCGCGGGUACGCAGGAUGAGUGA